CUUCUAUCGCCACCAGUGUUCAAGGACCUGCCUACUUACCCGUUAUAGAUCGGUGGGUGAAAAAAAAAAUAGUUGGAUAAAAAAAGAAAGACAGAAGGUGAGGGGUUUUGUGUGAGUUUAGCGGAGAGAGCGAGAGCGAGAGAAAAAGAGUCAGCAGCAAGAGAGAUACAGUGAAGUCCGGAAGACCGUUAAUUUCAUCCACACCGUCUUGAUCGUGCGCGAGUGCGAUAAACGGUAACAACAUACUGCUGCAACAUAACCUCCGGUCCACCGCCUAGUACCGUACCGGUAAAACACAGGAACGCGAGGAAGUAUAAUUCAUGCCUACUUUCGACAUGGACCCGUAUGACGGAGAUGAAAACGAUUAUAUGCCUCAGGAAGAUGACUGGGACCGGGAUAUGCUGUUGGACCCGGCGUGGGAGAAGCAGCAGAGAAAGACGUUCACAGCCUGGUGUAACUCCCACCUGAGGAAAGCAGGAACGCAGAUCGAGAACAUCGAGGAGGACUUCAGGGACGGACUGAAACUCAUGCUGCUGCUUGAGGUCAUAUCAGGAGAGCGCUUGGCCAAACCAGAGAGAGGCAAGAUGAGAGUCCACAAGAUCUCCAACGUCAACAAAGCUCUCCACUAUAUCACCAGUAAAGGAGUCAAACUGGUGUCCAUCGGAGCUGAGGAGAUCGUCGACGGCAACGCUAAAAUGACCCUGGGAAUGAUCUGGACCAUAAUCCUUCGCUUUGCCAUCCAGGACAUCUCUGUGGAAGAAACAUCAGCUAAAGAGGGUCUUCUUCUGUGGUGCCAGAGGAAGACUGCUCCUUACAAGAACGUCAACAUCCAGAACUUUCACAUUAGCUGGAAAGAUGGGUUGGGAUUCUGUGCUCUCAUUCACAGACACCGUCCAGAGCUCAUUGACUAUGGCAAGCUACGCAAGGAUGACCCCAUGACCAACCUGAACACAGCCUUUGACGUGGCAGAGAAGUACCUGGACAUUCCCAAGAUGUUGGACGCUGAGGACAUCGUGGGCACGGCCCGCCCGGAUGAGAAGGCCAUCAUGACCUACGUAUCUAGCUUCUACCACGCCUUCUCUGGUGCUCAAAAGGCGGAGACAGCGGCCAAUAGGAUCUGUAAGGUGUUGGCUGUCAACCAGGAGAAUGAGCAGCUGAUGGAGGACUAUGAGAAGCUGGCUAGUGAUCUCUUGGAGUGGAUCCGCCGCACCAUCCCCUGGCUGGAGAACCGUGCUCCAGAGAACACCAUGCAGGCCAUGCAGCAGAAACUCGAGGACUUCAGGGACUAUCGCCGCCAACACAAACCCCCCAAGGUCCAGGAGAAGUGCCAGCUAGAGAUCAACUUCAACACCCUGCAGACCAAGCUGAGGCUCAGCAACAGGCCUGCCUUCAUGCCCUCCGAGGGGAAGAUGGUGUCGGUAAGGAGGAGAUGCUGCAGGCGCGGGACUUUGAGACGGCCUCUCUGUCUGAGAUCAAGGCUCUGCUGAAGAAACAUGAGGCCUUCGAGAGCGACCUGGCCGCGCACCAGGACCGCGUCGAGCAGAUAGCUGCCAUCGCUCAGGAGUUAAAUGAGCUGGACUACUAUGACUCCCCCAGUGUGAACGCUCGGUGCCAGAGGAUAUGUGACCGAUGGGACGCCCUCGGAGCCCUGACCCAGAAACGCAGCGAAGCUCUGCAGAGAACUGAGAAGCUUCUGGAGACAAUAGACCAGUUAUAUCUGGAGUUUGCCAAUCGAGCUGCUCCGUUCAACAACUGGAUGGAGGGCGCCAUGGAGGAUCUGCAAGACACCUUCAUCGUCCACACUAUAGAGGAGAUACAGAGCCUCAGUACAGCCCAUGAGCAGUUUAAAGCCACUCUCCCUGAUGCGGAUAAGGAACGCGGUGCCAUCCUGGGCAUCCACAAUGAGAUCGCCAAGAUAGUGGCUACCUAUCAUGUGAACAUGGCUGGCAGCAACCCUUACACCAACAUCAACCCUCAGGAGGUCAACGCCAAAUGGGACAAGGUGAGACAGCUGGUACCCCAGAGGGACCAGGCUCUGAUCGAAGAGCACGCCCGGCAGCAGAACAGCGAGCGUCUCCGCAGGCAGUUCGCCAACCAAGCCAACGUCAUCGGGCCCUGGAUUCAGACCAAGAUGGCGGAGAUUGGUCGUAUCUCCAUCGAGAUGCACGGAACCCUGGAGGAUCAGCUGACCCACCUCCGCCAAUACGAGAAGAACAUUGUCAACUACAAGCCAAAGAUCGACCAAUUGGAGGGAGACCACCAGCUGAUUCAGGAAGCUCUCAUCUUCGACAACAAGCACACCAACUACACCAUGGAGCAUAUUCGUGUGGGCUGGGAGCAGCUCCUGACCACCAUCGCCAGAACCAUCAACGAGAUCGAAAACCAGAUUCUGACGAGGGACGCCAAGGGCAUCAGCCAGGACCAGAUGAACGAGUUCAGAGCCUCCUUCAACCACUUCGACAGGGACCACUCGGGCACUCUUGGGGCUGAGGAGUUCAAGGCCUGCCUGAUCAGUCUGGGCUUCGAUAUCGCCAACGAUGCACAGAAGAAAACAGGGAUGAUGGAAGCGGAAGACUUCAAAACCUGCCUUAUCUCCCUCGGUUACAACAUGGGUGAAGCGGAGUUCUCUCGCAUCAUGAGCAUCGUGGAUCCCAACCGGGUGGGCGUGGUCACGUUCCAGGCCUUUAUUGAUUUCAUGUCCCGAGAGACGGCCGAUACUGACACCGCUGACCAGGUCAUGGCCUCCUUCAAGGUCCUGGCUGGGGACAAGAACUUCAUCAUGGCUGACGAGCUUCGUCGUGAGUUGCCUCCUGAUCAGGCAGAGUACUGCAUCGCCCGCAUGGCGCCCUACUCCGGCACCGACGCUGUCCCCGGCGCCCUGGACUACAUGUCCUUCUCCACCGCACUCUACGGAGAGAGUGACCUCUGAGUGACCUUUGGAUGACCUUUGGCCCCUGACCUGGGAGGUUAUGCCCUAUGAGGUCACUCACCAGUGUACCUGCUCUCACCACCGCCCGCAAGACCCUCCUACUGCCCUCCCAGUGAGCACAAGAAGUUGACAAUACGUCAUUUUGGUUGAAAAGACGUCAAAAAUACAUAUUUCUGGUUGAAAAUAUGACAAUUUUGGUAAAAAUAUGUAAAUAAAUAUGUAUUUUUGGUUGAAAAGAAAUCAACAUCUUGUUCUCACUGGGCCAUCACCACAGCCUUGCUCUAGUCUGGGUCCCAGAUCUGUUGGUGAUAUCUUACCAUCUCCUUGUCACUCAUCGUUGUCACGCCAGUUUGCCAAAACAUCACAAGACAGAUCUGGCAUCCGGCUAGCUCUGCUCUACAGCGCUCAAAACCGAACUGACAAAUAUGGCAUCAGGCUAACUCUGCUCUACAACACUCAAAACAGAACAGACAGAUAUGGCAUCAGGCUAGCUCUGCUCUACAGCGCUCAAAGCAUCACAAGACAGAUCUGGCAUCCGACUAGCUCUGCCCUACAGCGCUCAAAACAUCACAAGACAGAUCUGGCAUCCGGCUAGCUCUGCUCUACAGCGCUCAAAACAUCACAAGACAGAUCUGGCAUCCGGCUAGCUCUGCUCUACAGCGCUCAAAACAGAACAGACAAAUAUGGCAUCAGGCUAACUCUGCUCUUCAGCACUCAAACCCGAACAGACAGAUAUGGCAUCAGGCUAACUCUACUCUACAGCACUCAAAACCGAACAGACAGAUAUGGCAUCAGGCUAACUCUGCUCUACAAUGUUCAGAACAGACAGAUCUGGCAUCAGGCUAACUCUGCUCUACAACACUCAAAACAUGUUUCUCUGAUGCUGGCCUUAUAUUAUAUGCCAUAGUCAUCCUGUCUGCCAAUUCCUCCUAUUUCACCCCUUCCACCUCCAUCGCCCCUACCUCCCUACUAUAAUGUAGGGUGAAUUUGCCCCUAGACGUUGAUCUUGGGUCAGUUUAGCACUUCCCCCACUAAUUGGUUAAGGUUAGGACUGUGAGAGGGGACGCUGAUUCUAGAUGAUGUACCUCGGGAAAACUUCCCCCUGGAGAAAGCCCCUCCCCUUCCUUCCCCACUCCCUCACACUCUGCCUCAGUUGUACCUGCUUCCUGUGCAGCAAUGCAGCACAUCUCUCCAGGUUUAUAAAGAGGAGGAGAAAUGUAUUUUUUUCCCCUUGUUAUUGUUUUUCUUCAGAAAAUGAAUAAAGUUAACAUAUUUUAUUAUACAGAACAAAAAAGGUAUUUUUUCUUCACCUGAUUUAAAAAUAAAAAAAUAAAAAAAUAAAGAA